UUAAGCGUGAACUAAAGUGUUAAAGAUCGUUGUUCGGAGGAGGUUUUAGUCACUAGGAGAAGAAGUGUAUGAACUAGAAGUUUUAGGAAUACGCUGUGAAAAUGAAACACUAGCCUGCAUCUGUCGUUUGUGCUGGAGCGUUUCGAGCAAGAGCAACGGUUCUGAAGUUUGUUGGGAAACUCGACACCGGAUUAUUAGGAGCGCAUUUUCCUCAAAGAUUUUCGCGUGGACGAAUACAAAACACAGCGGACAGAUAAUCUCUUGCUAUUUGAUAGCGCACGAUUACUUUGAGUGUGAAUCCACAGACUUUCUUUUUCUUCCAUACAUACAAAUAACGGCAGGCGAUGGUGAACAGCCGUGUGGAAACUUCUGCCGUGGCAGUAACGGGAGGUAGUGGCGGUGUGGUGCGCUCCUGUGCGGGUUGUGGAGGGCGGAUCUCGGAUCGCUUCUUGCUCUUCUCCAUGGAUCGGUACUGGCACACACGUUGUCUGAAGUGUUCAUGCUGUCAGGCUCAGCUGGGAGAGAUCGGCAGCACCUGCUUCAGCAAAGGAGGCAUGAUCCUCUGCAGGAACGAUUAUAUCAGAUUGUUUGGUCACAGUGGUGCUUGCAGUGCGUGUGGACAGUCAAUCCCUGCCAGUGAGAUGGUGAUGCGGGCUCAGGGUAAUGUCUACCAUCUAAAGUGUUUUACUUGUGCCACAUGUCGAAAUCGUUUGGUGCCUGGCGACCGCUUUCACUACGUUAAUGGCACCAUCUUUUGUGAGCAUGACCGACCGGGGGGAGCUUUGCUCAGUAGUCACCUGACGCCCCUGCAGAGCAACACCCUCCUGCCUGACCAGAAGGUGUGCUGAGGAAACUUGGAUUUAUAAUUUGCAGCGUGCCUUCUCUUCAUCUUGUUGUCUCAUUGAUCCCUGCGUCUCACCUGCCCUUCAUUCUGUCAUUGUGAAUGUCCCCUACACCCAAGAUCUUCCACCCCACUUUAUGCAUCCAGCCACCUUAAAAGAAUACAAACCUACGCAAGGACUACAUGUCACUUGCGAGACAAUCACCUUAAUCUAAGGAAAACUAAAUCAACGGAAACAAUCAUACACACACCCAUACGGCCUGCUUGGUUAUGGCUGGUACUGCAUAACCCAAAAGCCUUGGACUCUAUCGCUGAGCAGUUCUUAAAGAUGGCAUGGGUUUCAUUUUCUUCAAGAAAUUUGUUUUCCUUCAAGAAUACAAUGGACGAUACCCAAUACAACAGACUGGUGGAUGAUGGUAUGGUUGAUGACGCAUAUCACACCAUAGCUGAUGACUGUUUCAGGUUUCGUUCGAGUGGUGGUUUGGUUUGGUUUACAGGCUCUUUUCACUUAAAGUGCAAGUUUAUUAUCUUUUAUAAAUUCCUGGUGCCGCAAAACCAUUUAAUGUCCAGUUUUUCCUCUUUUGCCAGUCACUUCCUGUUAACAAAUAAUUAGACACAUCAACAAUACAGAUAUGUGAACGUUUUUUGUUUGUCUACUCCAGUUAUUGAAGAAUGAAGCGUUCUUAAUGAAAGCAACAUAGACUGUAGAGGAAACGGCAUGUUUUUUUUGUGCAACGAUUCGGUAGAUUAAAUAAUAUGUCUGUAUACAUAUUCUCUAAUAGAGACUGGUAUUCAGUGUCUGCCAAGAGUUUUGCUGGGAGUGGGGUUGGUUGAAAUUGUAUAUAUUUCCUUUCAUCUACUGUUGUACCGUGUUAAAUGGUUGGUCUGUUUCCUGGUGUCCUUCAUUUAAACGAAGGAUAUUCAAAAUGUUAUAAGAUAUCUGUAAAUGAAAAAAGUACUUAAUUAAAUAUCUAUAACCAUCCCAAAUACAGUCUUGAUGUCUAUAGAGCAUUGCGCAUCAGCAGUUGUUGGUUUUGGCUCCAUGUGUUGGACGUUUCCUGAAAGGGAGAGGCGGCUCUCAAAUAGUUCUUAGCCAAAACAUGGUUCAUUACCCUGCAGAUUUCAACACAAACCCCUGCGUCUGCAUCAUUAAACAGAGUAAUGAAAGGCAUUUGAGAAGACACUUUCUCGUCCUCCCGCCUUGAUUUUAGUCUGUGGGUCUCGCUUAGGGGAGAUCUCAUGCAUCUGCGUUAACUGUGCAGAAAAAACCCAGAAGCACUCCCGCCUUUUGCUUUCAUCUGGCCCCUCCUCUCAACAGGCAGAACUAUCUCUAAAUCUGAUUUGUGGAGGUUUGAGAAGUUUUUUUAUUAUGGCUUUUCUGUAAUUGCUUUUUGGCAGUAAAUUCCCUCAUCUUGUUUGUUUAAUUAGCUAAUUAAACCCAUCUCUCUUUUCUCAACUACCUUUGGCCUGCAAUCAUAAGGUGUUCCUAUCCAAUUUCCUUUUACGAUUUAUAAAAAAAGUUUGCCCUUUUUCUAAAAAGAUAUUUUAUGCCAGCCAUACCUCAUUAUGUGCGCAUGUAUGUAUAGCAGGCAGGCGAGUGGGGGUGUAAAAGCCAGCUGUUACUUUUAAAUUGAAGGAUUGUGUGUGUUUGUGAGAGUCCAGAACUAAGAUCAGACAGAUAAUAACAGUCCUUGGUUUGAUUUCUAAAUACUGUGAAAUGUUCAAUGGUGUUAAAUAGAGAUUAAGGGAAAUAGGCAGAUAUUAUAAACAUUAUCAGUGCCAGAUCUAAAUUACUAUCAGAUAACACUCUCAACGAAAAAAACAAAAAACAAAAUAGCUGAGCUAGAGAAUCGAUUGAUCAUAAGAGGUUAGAAAGUACACACUAUACUGUAUUAAUAUGAAGUCAUUUUCCAUAUUUUUUCCAGCUGUUGUACCUGGAUUGUUAUGUUGCUCUGCAUUGUGUUGGGUUUUAUCAUUAAAGGACAGGCUCUUAAGGCACUAACAUUAAUGGAUAAAUAAUUUUGUGGAAAAUAAUGUUUUAACAGUACACUGUAUAUAAAGCCAGAACUAUUUUGUCAUAUGGCUAUUCAUAUAAAUGUUUGCGAUGUGAGAUGUACAAACAAUGCAA